UCAACACGAAACAUGUGCGUGAAACACGGAAGUCAGCUUAUCAAAUCGCAUAUAUGUAAACUAAUAGCAUAAAUAUCCCUUUUUUAGUUACUUAGUGGUUAGUUUUUUUAAUGCGCGCGAAUGUAGAUUGUUUUUAAUGUCACGUCACGUCCGUCAGGAUUUACGCGCUAAAAGUAUCUCAGUCUUAGUCCCUUUAUUCAUCAGGGGUUGCCACAGCUGAAUGAACCGCCAACUUAUCCAGCAUAUGUUUUACACAGCGGAUUCCCUUCCAGCUUCAACCCAGUACUGGGAAACAUCCAUACACACUCAUACAGUACAGCCAAUUUAGUUUAUUCAAUUCACCUAUAGCACGUGUGUUUGGACUUUGGCGGAAACCAGAGCACCCGGAAGAAAUCCACGCUUGCUCAGGCUUGUCUGGACAUGGCGUCUCGGUCUGGAGAUGUGAUGCCACUCUAGUGAUGGAGAAAUGAAGACAGAGGUGCCAGAUUCAUCUCUCCUUCAUUCUCACUAUUUGUGGGAGGAGCUGAUGGGAAAAAAGGGGGAAUAGAUGGAGAGACAACAGAAGAAACAGGCUGAGAGGAAAGAGUGGCCGGCCACACCUGAUGAAGAAGGAGAUGCUGAUGGUUUUACAAAUAAAAGAAGGGUGAUGCUGAUGGAGACGGCAGCAGGACCUGAUUUAUUCAGGAAGAUGCAAAAGGAGGAAAGUCCACCAUUAGAAGCCUCUCUUUCCUCUGAGCACACAGACACCUGGGCUCCAUCCAUCGUGUCCUCCUCUUCCUCCUCUCUGCCCUGUCUCUCACCUCCUCUUCCUCCGUCAGUGGGUCUGGACGGUGUGCUGGUGGAGGAGCGGCUGGUGCUGGAUGUGUAUCGGGGUGGAGCAGAGGUGCUGCCGGUGUUCUGGGAGUUUGUUCAGGAGCGGAUGAGAGGCCUGCAGUACCUCAGACUGGGCUCGGAGGACGAGGGGGCGCUAGAGAGAGCACUGAAGGUCCUGCCCCUUCUGACACAACUGCGUUCUCUGGCCAUCAGAGGUUGUCGUUUUCAUGAUCCUCAGGGUGAUCCUCUGCCGGGUCUCCUCUCCUCUCUGCCAGACUCAGUCUCCUCUCUGUCUCUUCUCGUCCACCUCGAUCUCUCCUUUAACCAGCUCUCUUCUCUUCCUCCCUGCCUCCUGUCUUUCUCUCGUCUCUCUGAGCUCCUGCUGUGUCAUAAUAAUCUGACGACUCUACCGGAGGGCAUUGGAGCUCUGGGGUCCCUGCGGCGGGUGAGUCUGCUGGGGAACCGGCUGGUGGAUCUGCCCCGGGAUCUGGGCCUCCUCUGCAGGCUGGAGGAGCUGGACGUGUCCUUUAACCUGCUGGAGAAUCUUCCGGAUGAACUGGGCCAACUGCAGAACUUGCAGCGGCUGGAGCUGUCAAAUAACAGAUUAAGAGCUCUGCCGGAGACGCUGGGGUCUCUGCGCUCUCUGAGGCAGCUGCUAAUCCAGAGUAAUGAUCUGAGGAGUGUUCCUGAAUGUUUACACUCGCUCCCGAUGCUUGACAAUCUGGACGUGCGGAACAACCCUCUGGGACGCCCGCCAACACCACCUCCACUCGCCCACACCACCCCAGUUGUGGAAGAUUCUGAUAUCCCAGAGCUGCAUCUUGGAUUUAAUCAACACAGUUUUCAAGUGUCUCCUGCUGGCUGCCACGUGUUUCUUCCUGGAGGGGCGGAGCUCUUGUUUCCACGGCAAUGUGUAGGCGUGGUCACUCAGCUCCAGUGGGCAGAGAAGAGGCCGGACAGGAAGUGGGUGUGGCUAGAGGAGCAUGAUGUGCUGUUGAGUCGCCAGCUGGAGCUCCGCCCACAUGGAGCCACAUUUGAGAAGCUGGUUGAGGUGUGUAUUCCGUAUCGUAAAACGCGGAAAGGUGACGUGGUUGUUCGCAGGUUUGAUGGUCAGUCUUGGACGACGCAGACCACCAUGACCAGAAGAGGAAGUGACAAACACAGCUGCAGGCCUGGAGGACGUCCUGCACGGCUGGCCUGUUGCAGUGUGUCUCAGUUCUCCUGGUUUGUGGCCGUGCGUUGUCCGUUUUUGGACAGUUGCUGUGUGUCUUCAGAGGGGGCGCUGCUGGUCUCUCAAUGCCAUCCAGGGAUCAAACUCACUUUCCCUGCAGACUGCACAGCGGAGACACGCACUGUCACACUGCAGGUCCUGCAGGUGGCGCUGUCUGAGGUGCAGGAUCUGACUGGAGACCCUCAUGCCAGCGCUGGUCCACUGCUGCGCCUCUCUCAAACUCCCAGCAUGCACUUCCUUCAGCCAAUCAGAGUGCAGGUUCCUCUCCCACCUGGAGUCACUGGACACAUGGUGGACCUGUCCCGUCUGCACCUGAUGCACGGCGACCCCACGGCCCACACCUGGACAGACGUCACCGCUCAAGUGUCCCUGUACGUCACACACAUCUACGCCGUCUUCUUCAUCACACACUUCUCAUGGUACUGGUUGUGGUACACCACUCACAGGUGUGUUAGCGGAGUGGUCAGAAAGAUGUAUCACCGAUUGAAACAGUUUCGGGUUCGAUUUCUGGCGCUACAGAGAAAAAACGACCCAGAGCAGAUUUUGCUGCAGUGCCUGCCGUCUGACAAGGCUGAAAGUCGGCUGGAGUCUCUGGCUGAUCAGUAUGAAGGCCCUCAGCCGUCUGAGCUGUGUGUCCUGCUGGAGGGAGAGCAGUUUUUCGCUGGCUUUGAGAGAGGCAUUGACAUCAACUCAGACCGUCCAGACUGCAAAGACGGCAGACUCUCGUUCACCUUUUACUCUCACCUGAAGAAUAUUAAAGAGGUUUACGUGUGCGCGACCCACCCGGUGCAGACCACCAUUAGAGGACAGGUGUCUUUUUACCGUGGUGAAGUGCCGAGUGAUCUUCCAGAGGAAGUGGCCAGAAAAAGAAAAGGUCACGAUGACCAGUGGAUGGCGACACUUCCUCUGCGGAUUCCGAAAUCAGAGAUUGAUGGGAGCAUCUCAGGUGAGCUGAACCUGGGCGACCCAGAGAGCGGAUACCUGACCCAGACCAACCUGCUGUCUAUCUCCUUACGCAUCAACCAGGAGUGGCAGAACAUCGGCAUCAACCUGGGCAUGAGCUACGAGCAGCUGGAGCGCAUCCGCCACCAGCACAGGUGAGAGACCGCCAGCAGAUGGCGCUGAGAUCACCGCAGUCCUCAUUAAAGUUCACAUGGAAU